AUCCUAAUUUCCAUAUUUGAUAACUUCCAGAAACUUGGGAGCUUUAUGGAGAUGCUAUUUGGGGGUCGCUACGUUCUUCUUUUGAUGUCACUUUUUUCAAUUUAUUGUGGACUGAUUUACAAUGAAUUCUUCUCUGUUCCUUUUCACAUAUUUGGUGGGUCUGCUUACAAAUGUCGAGAUCCUACAUGUAGUGAUGCACAGACGGUUGGUUUAGUUAAAUAUCGAGAUCCAUAUCCAUUUGGUGUUGAUCCUAGCUGGCGUGGCAGUCGCUCGGAGUUGCCUUUUCUAAAUUCUCUUAAGAUGAAAAUGUCAAUUUUACUGGGUGUGGCUCAGAUGAACCUAGGAAUCAUAUUAAGUUAUUUCAAUGCACACUUUUCUGGAAGCUCUCUGGAUAUUUGAAUUUAAUUUUAGUGAGGUUUUUGUGCAUCAAAUGAUACACUCCAUAGAGUUUGUUUUAGGAGCAGUCUCAAACACAGCAUCCUACCUUCGUCUUUGGGCUUUAAGCUUGGCACACUCUGAACUAUCAACUGUCUUCUAUGAGAAAGUCCUACUACUUGCUUGGGGGUAUGAUAACAUUGUCAUUCGGUUACUGGGUCUAGCAGUUUUUGCCUUUGCAACUGCUUUUAUAUUACUCAUGAUGGAGACCCUCAGUGCUUUCCUCCAUGCCUUACGUCUUCAUUGGGUGGAAUUUCAAAAUAAGUUUUACAAUGGUGAUGGUUAUAAGUUCAAACCUUUCUCCUUUGCCUCGAUUGCUGAUGAUGAUGAUUAGUUAAUUCUUUUAUCCUGCAUUUUAUUUUUGGAAAAUGAUUGUGAAAAUAGGAGGAAAUUUUUCAACAAGAGGCUGCAUGAAAGUGUAAAUUGAUAGGCACCACGUUUUGGCUGGCACAUGCAUCGUUAUAGAACAUGUUUGACAUUACAGUGUCAAUUUUUGUAUGUGUUUAUAUAAAAAAGAUUUCGCUGAAAGGAUGGCCAUUGAAGCGGGGUAGAAGUAUUUUUUAUCUUUCCCAACAGUGGUAGUGUCCUUUUCCAGUAUUUCUGUUUGGUGGUUGGGAAGUAUAGGGUUUUUCUUCUUUUUUUUUUUUUUUUUUUUUUGGGUAAAGCAGAAGAAAAUCAUCUAUACGAGGUAGUGUUUUCUGUAUUUCAGUUCUUUGGGGUUAGAUUAAGAAAUUUUAUACGAAUUUUGGAGGUAAUUUAACCCUUUUGUCUAGUUUACUCUUAUGCAUGAUGUAAUGACUAAUAACAAUCUUACGAAGCA